UCCUUUUGCAAAAAACAAAGAAAACAUCAACCAUGGCAAUGAAAAAACCCUUUCAUCUCCUUCCCCUAAUCUUCAUCCUUGCCAUAAUUAUCUCGAUUUCGCAAGCCCGGAAAGACCUUCCAAACGCCAAAACCCCGUCGCCAUUUAGCUUCAUCAAAGGCCUUCAAGGAUGCCACAAAGGCAAUAUUACUAAAGGUCUCCAUUACCUCAAACACUACCUACAUCAUUUCGGCUAUCUCAACUAUCGAAACCAAACACAUCUUGAAGAUGAUGACUUUGACAAUGCCCUUGAAUCCGCCAUCAAAACCUACCAAAAGAACUUCCAUGUUUCCCCGACCGGGACUAUGGAUGCCGCCACCGUGGCCAAAAUGACCUCUCCCCGAUGUGGAGUCGCCGACAUUGUCGAGGGCGUCAACACCAUGGAAACAAAGAACCAAUCUAUUGACAGUGCUAAAUAUUCUUUUUUUCCCAAUAAUCCCCGUUGGCCACUGUUGAAGACACACUUAAGAUACAGGUUUAGGCCGGACACUCCAAUCCGUGCAAUCGCGCCAGUGAACCGUGCUUUCCAGAGAUGGGCCUCCGCCACGCACUUCACUUUUUCGCGCGUUGGCAGCAACGCCCAAACUGAUAUUGUAGUCGCGUUUUUCCGUAGAAACCACGGCGACAAUAGCCCAUUUGACGGCCAAGGUGGAAUCUUAGCCCACGCCUUUGCACCAACUAAUGGAAGGUUUCACUACGACGCAGAUGAGAAUUGGGUGAUCGGAGCCAUUCAAGGUGGAUACGAUUUAGAAACCGUCGCCAUCCAUGAGAUCGGCCAUCUAUUGGGGCUCGGACAUAGCCAAGUUCCGGCGGCGAUCAUGUUCCCCAACAUUGACUCCGGAAUAACUAAAGGCCUUCACAACGAUGAUAUUCAAGGUAUUAGGGCUUUAUAUGGAAGAUAGACUAUGAAUACAUGUGAGAAUAAUAUACAUGCAUCCAAAUGAAGUAUUGAGUGUUAUAUUUAAUAUUUAUGCAAUGCUAUAUUAAUAAAUAAGGAUGAGAGUGCACUCUAGUCUAGUGCCCCUAAUCCUUAUAUCUGAAGUUGGAUUCUCAUCAUUUCUACUUUUUCUUCCUAUUAUCCCAUCUUGUAUCCAUGGACGUGAUGUUUCUUUAAGAUUUGGAUGUAUUCUUGCACUAUUAAUCAAAAUGUUUUGUUUACCCUAAACCCGUUUCAUGAUAGUUGGUAUAUUUUU